CGCAUGUUGAGUUUUAACCAAACCUUUUUUCUAAACAGGCAAACAAAACGGACAGCCCAUUGUUAAGGCGGCAGACUCAAACUGAAAUGAGUGAAAAGAAAACCUUUCCUUAAAAAACGUUUAAUUUGUUUUCAUCGUCCAGGUUGAUCAUUUUCAUCAUGAAAAACUCUAAGGCAGCACCGCAGCGCUCUGCUCAGGAAGAAUGUGGAAUUUGGUUGGACACGGUGCAGCUGAAAGAAAAGGCUAAAAAGAAACGCCUGGCCCGUCCUAUCUCUAAACUGUUGAAUCCCUUGGCGGGUGGAGGGUACAGUUUGGCUGUAGCGCUCAACUUCACUCAGACAAAAAUGGAGAUGCCAAAAACUAAACAGAGUUCCAUAUCUGCUUUUUUUGCACCUAAAUGUAGAGUUCUCCACAAGAUGUCUUCCACUGAAGCACCAAGUCUGCCCUCGUCACCGUCCACCACAACCAGACCAGCAACUGUUUCGUCUGUGAAAAAACGAGCACAUGAAAUAUGUUCUGAAAACUUGGAUUUGGAGUCUGAUGCCGGUGUGGAUUAUAAUUUGGAAAAAGAAAACGUGGCAGAGACCAACACAACUACACGGCACAAUGAAAGAACCCACUAUUCAGCUUCACUAGACGGUAAAUCUGCAGAGUGUCAACCCCCUCAGUGCAAGCGGAGGCUCCUUGAGCCCUCACUGCUGGAGGACGACAGUCAAAUCGCUCCGCAGCCAUGGAGUCAGGAUCCUCUGUUCACCUUUAGCGAGGACUCUGAGGACUUCAGCAGCUCAGAGUCGAAUUUUAUGAACAAUAUUCAGAAUUCAGAGAGCUUUGGAAAUCUAAAAGAUAUGGAGGGAAAAACAUCAACUCAGAAACCUGCUGAAAACUGUUCUCAUUUAAAAGACGGGAAAGAAAACUGCAGAUUAAUCUCCUCCAAGUCUCCAAGUAAAUACAUUUCUUUAUCUCAUCUUGGAACUCGGUCGCAUCAUAAGUGGGCAGAGGUGAAAAACACUUCGCCACAAAAACAAACCGAUCACUCGGGGAGCAGUCUCGUAAAAGAGGCGCAUUUUGACUCAUUGUGGAGAAACACAAGAGGCUCUCCUCUUAAGAAACGGCAGAAGUGCAGGGAAGCAGACGAGGACAGUUUGGCCACGUUGUUCACUCAGGACUCGGAGGGCUUCAGGGUGAUGGCACAUCGAGGCCUCCAGACCAGGAGCCCACUCAAGGAUCAGAGUAACCUGAGCCCUGGAUUGGUGAGAAGUUACAAACCUGUGGAGGAGGAGGAAGAGGAGGAUGAAGACGAUGAAAUGCUCUUCACCCAAGACUCUCAGGGAAACAUGGUGAUCAAACACUAACCAGCGCCUCUGUGUCCAAAUCUGCAAUUAUUAUUGUUUUAGUUUUCAUCAGGAUUUUUCUCCAACAAAUCUGGAUUUUUCCAUCUACUAGCAAACAUUCUUACAAGUCAAGAUCUGAGAGAUAUUUUCUUUAUUUGAAAAAUGACAAGCAUUACAUAAAGUUAUUGUAAAUUAAACGUUAGUUUCAUGUAUAUUUCUAUCUGUCUUAUGCUAGUGCUCUGUGCUUAAUUUUAUUACAAAUUAAAGUGAUGUACAAAG